CCCCGGCGCUAGGUCCGGUGUAACAAAGCCUUGGUAACGGGGUUGCUAGCGCGCUGGUCGGUGCCUGGUAACCAGGCGCUGCCCCUUUAAGCGGCGGGGGUGUUGCCUUGCCGGAGGGCGGGGAAGAUCCGAAGUCCCCUUCGGCGCCCGCCCGCUCUGUGCUGGAGCUGGCAGCUCCCCCUGUCCCCGUUCUCACUCCCAUGCGGGCGGUGGGGACGACGGCACUCUGGGCAGCGCGGCCGCAGGCAGGCGGCUCCUCUCGGUAUGUCCUGGGGGCUCCCUGUCUGCUGAGCCCGCGCAGGUCCCGCCGGAGCCGCCCCGGGGUCCCAUGAGUUCAGAGCUGCCCCGCGCCUCGCCGCUCCGCGCUCUCUUUAAGAUGGAGCCGGCUCCGUCCGCCUCCGAGUUGCUGGUGGGAGCUUCAGAGUUCCUGAAAGAUCGAUUAUAUUUUGCUACUUUACGGAAUAAACCCAAAAGCACAGUAAAUACCCACUAUUUCUGUACUGAUGAGGAGCUGGUCUAUGAAAAUUUCUAUGCAGAUUUUGGACCUUUAAACUUGGCGAUGUUAUACAGAUACUGCUGCAAACUAAAUAAGAAGCUAAAGUCAUUCAGUCUAUCAAGAAAGAAAAUAGUCCACUAUACCAGUUUUGAUCAGCGGAAACGAGCAAAUGCAGCAUUUUUAAUAGGGUCAUAUGCAGUAAUUUACUUAAAGAAAACACCAGAAGAAGCAUACAGAGCACUUUUAUCUGGAUCUAAUCCACCAUAUCUUCCAUUUAGGGAUGCCUCAUUUGGGAACUGCACAUACAAUCUCACAAUCCUGGAUUGCUUGCAGGGAAUAAAAAAGGCCUUUCAGCAUGGAUUUUUUGAUUUUAAGGCAUUUGACGUGGAUGAGUAUGAACACUAUGAGCGGGUAGAAAAUGGUGACUUCAACUGGAUUGUUCCAGGAAAAUUUUUAGCAUUUAGUGGACCUCAUCCAAAAACCAAAAUUGAAAAUGGUUAUCCUCUUCACGCACCUGAAGCCUACUUUCCCUAUUUCAGGAAGCAUAAUGUCACAUCAAUCAUAAGACUAAACAAAAAGAUCUAUGAGGCAAAACGUUUUACAGAUGCUGGCUUUGAGCAUUAUGACCUGUUCUUCAUAGAUGGAAGCACACCAAGUGACAAUAUAGUGCGACGGUUCUUGAACAUCUGCGAGAAUGCUGAAGGUGCUAUAGCUGUACACUGUAAAGCUGGUCUGGGGAGAACAGGAACAUUGAUAGCCUGUUACAUAAUGAAACACUAUAGGUUCACACAUGGUGAAGUCAUUGCUUGGAUUAGAAUAUGUCGGCCAGGCUCUAUUAUAGGACCCCAGCAGCACUUUUUGGAAGAGAAGCAAGCAGCAUUGUGGAUCCAAGGAGACUUCUACCGAUCCAAACAGAAACAACAAUCAGUUGAUGAUGGACCUGUGAAUAAAAUUCUUUCUGGCUUGGAUGACCUUUCAAUCAGUGGGAGUUUUAGUAAAGUACAAAGCUUGGAUCAAUGUAUGGAGAAUGACUUUGAAGACAAUGCAGAGUUGGAAUCUAAGAACGGCAUGACACAGGGAGACAAACUUCGUGCCUUAAAAAGUCAGAGACAGCCGCGAUCUGCUACAACUGGAGCUCUUAGGCUGGAAGAUAUGAAAUUGCACACCAGAUCAAUAUCACAACCUUUCAGAUUGAAUAGUUCAAGUAGUUCACAAGGGUCCAUGUCUCCUCUGAAGUCCUCCAAGGUGGCAGCAGCUGUUUCACCAUCUGCAAAGAGAAUAAGCAGAAGUCCUACGUCCUUAGGAUCUAAUUUAAAAAGCGUUUCCGUAAACUCCAGACUAGGCAGUUCUCUAGGGAACCUGUAUGCCGCUUCAGAUGAUACAGAGAGCAAAAUGAUGUCAUCAUCCUCUAGGACAGGUUUUUCUGUAAACCAUAUCUCCAGUCAUUUGAAUGGCAGCUUGCAGCUGCCUACCAGAAAUUACCAUGAGCUGAACAACAACCUGUACAACAGAAGCAGCAAUAAUGGCACCAACCUCAACAGUCAUGUCAGUUCUCAUGGCACCAGGACAGAUGACGACUACAGCACCUACCAACCCUCCUUUAUGGGGUUAACUACUUCUCCGGCACGAUACCUGAGUCGUUCAAUUCCUUCCCUUCAGUCUGAAUAUGUUCAGUACUAAAGCCUUGCUGCUUCGAUGAAAGCUGUUCAACUCUUAAAAUCCCAUUUCUUCAUGGAGGAGCAAUGUUGAGGGAAAGAAACUGCUCACUGAGAGGAGAACUCUUCAUCCCUAGAUACAUUAAAACAUUAAACUAAGACACCCAGCAGAGACUUUGAACAGCCAGAGAUUUCUGAUUAAUGACUACUGCAAAUGCACUGAAGUUAAAUUUUAACAAUUUUGUAUACAGCUGGAAAAUUUUAAAGUUGACUCUGACUUGAGGGUAUUUCUAAUGGAUUUCAAUAAUACAUUUAUAAUUACAUUUGUGUAUACAGUGUUACAAUAUGUAUGUAUUAAGAGUAUUUUGGUAAAAUAUAAAUAUAUAUAAUUAUGUAAAAAUUAGAAUAUAUUUUGAUUUAGGUUUCUUCACUUCUUUGCUACCAAAAAUAUAUAUUUUUAAAUAUAUUUUAAGGUUUAUCUACAGUGUAUGAAAACAUUUUAUGAACAAAACCAUUUUUGGUUUUAUUUAUGGGUCCAUUGUUACUGCUUCAAGCUCAAUUUGUUUUUAGCAACUAAUCUGCUUUAAGUAACUUAGUUGGAAAGCUAGUUAGUUGUAUCAUCUGAUAGAGCUUGGUAUAUCAUCAAGUUUUCCUUUCAGCUGUCACCUGCUAAUGUUCCAUAUGGUCAUUCUAAAAGGAACUUAAAAUAGCUACUUGUGGAUUACGGAAAACCCAACAUUCCUAUCAUCAUAUGUCCUCCUUUUGAAAGAAAAAAUAAUAUAGCUAAUAAUUAUGCUAUAUUACUAACAUUUUCCUCUGAUAAUUUAUUUUAAAGGGAUGUUUUACUCUUAGCUUUUUACUUUCAGCAUUGCUAAAUGUUUGUACCAUUUGGUCUAGCCUAUAGUUACAUUUGUGUUGUAGCAGUUUUAAAAUCGAAUAUAAAUCAGAAUGAACCUUCUGCUGUGCAUUUAAACUGCAUGAAAAGAAAGGCCAAAUUCAGAACAGACAUAAGCAGCGCAAUUCCAUUGAAUGGGGUGGAGUUGCACACCUGCUUAUAACAAUAGCCAGGUGUGCAACUUGGAUGGCAAAAGAUGUUGCCACAGAUUUGGACAUGUAA